AUGAAUACCAGUAAGCCACAGAAGCCAGUUCUAACAGGCCAGAGGUACAAGACCAGAAAAAGGGAUGAAAAGGAGAAGUUUGAGCCCACAGUUUUCCGAGACACCAUUGUUGCGGGUCUUAAUGAGUCUGGAGGAGACCUGGAGUCUGUGUCCAGGUUCUUAGACGUGGUGGGCUCUCGAGUGGACUACAGGCGAUAUGCAGACACACUCUUCGACAUCCUCAUCGCAGGGAGCAUGCUGGCUCCAGGGGGCAGUCGUAUCGAUGAGGGUGACAGCUCUAAGGUGACCGCCGCCUGUGUGUUCAGAGCAGAGGAGAGCCACGCCUCUCUGCACCUCCACGCACAGGUCUUCAACAAACUCAUCCGGAGAUACAAGUAUUUGGAGAAGGCCUUCGAGGAGGAGGUGAAAAAGCUGCUCCUCUUCCUCAAAGCCUUCAGUGAGUCGGAGCAGACCAAACUGGCCACGCUCACGGGCAUCCUGCUGGCCUCCAACAUCCUGCCGGCCUCCAUCCUCAGCAGCCUCUUCACCGACAGCGUGGUCAAAGACGGGGUCUCCGCCAGUUUCGCCGUCAAGAUGUUCAAGUCGUGGAUCGCAGAGAAAGACGCCAACUCCGUCACCUCGUCCUUAAGGAAGUCCGGCCUGGAUAAGAGGCUGCUGGAGCUUUUCCCUCCAUCGAAGCAGAGCGUGGAUCACUUCUAUAAGUUCUUCAGCGAUGCCGGCCUCAAAGAGCUGUCAGACUUCCUACGAGUGCAGCAGAGUCUGGGCACACGCAAAGAGCUGCAGAAGGAGCUGCAGGAGAGGCUGGACCAGCACCUGCCCAUCAAAGAGUUGGUGCUUUACGUAAAGGAGGUGAUGAAGAAGCACGAGCUGCAGGAGCCGGCGGUGAUGGGUCUGCUCUGGAGCUGUCUGAUGAACGCAGUGGAGUGGAACAAGAAGGAGGAGCUGGUGACGGAGCAGGCCAUCAAGCACCUCAAGCUCUACGCCCCCCUGCUGGCCGCCUUCAGCUCUCAGGGACAGUCUGAGCUCCUGCUGCUGCUCAAGGUCCAGGAGUUCUGCUACGACAACAUCCACUUCAUCAAGGCCUUCUCCAAGAUCCUGGUGCUCUUCUACAAAGCGGAUGUGCUGAGUGAGGAGGCCAUCCUGAAGUGGCACAGAGAAGCUCACUCGCCCAAAGGGAAGAGCGUCUUCCUGGAGCAGAUGAGACCAUUUGUGGAAUGGCUUCUAAACGCUGAAGAAGAGUCUGGAUCAGAGACAGAGGAAGCCUGA